CGCGCUGCCCCUAAUCGCCUCCCUCAAUCCCGCGCCGCAUCCUCCUCCCUUCCUCUCUCUCUCUCGCCUAUCGCCUCGCCUCCCCCAGACGCCGCCGCCACCGUCGCCUCCCCCAGACGCUGUCGCCUCGCCUCGCCCGCCCUAUCGAGCCCACCCCCUCCCUUCCUCACUCUCGCGCCUCGCCGGGGGGCGGGACUGGCAUCCUCACCGGCAAUGGCGAUGGCUACUCGGCCGCCUUCUCCUGGUGAACAGUGGGGGCCCACCUCGCGUUUAGGAAGCCCGUGGUGGUGCUGGUGGUGGUACCAUCGGCAGGCCCUGGAAGCGUUGUAGAAGCGGUGGUCGCUUGCCAUGCCUCCGGCCGAGCUCCACGGCGGUGCCCAUCAUCCCUUCAAUCGUGCCCACUCUCCAGCAUCAAAGCUCCAUCAUCGCCCCCAUCCUCGCCGCGUUCUCCGCAUCUUUUGCUAGACGCGGCAUGCUCUCCACGAAUCCACCAAUGGCAUGCCUUGCCUCACUGGCUCACUUCUGAGUCAUCGUCCUGACUAUGCCGGCUUUGCCCUCCAUCUUGUUGAGAUUUUACAGGUUGGUUGGCGACCUUGGACCUUGGUCAUUUCUUUUCUUGAUUCUUCCCUCAUGUUACAUGUAUAUGUGGUUAUUCAUGCUUUCUGCACAACUUUUCUUGAUUCUUCUAUCAUGUUACAUGUAUCUGUGGUUAUUCAUGCUUUCUGCAGUCUGCAGAUCUCUGAUAUCCAAAUACGAUAUGUCCGCUUCCCACGAUACUACCAAAUGUUGCUAAUAGUGAUCAGAUUUACAUAGUAUGUUAUGCCUGGAAAUAAAUAGAGAAUGCACUGAUCAACUUAAAUUCCCGGUUUUUUGUUACAGAAAAUAUCUUCUUCAUUUGAAUGGAGAUGUGACCCUGUAUGCUCUUGCUUCAUGCUAGCAGUGCAUGGCAUGCAUUUGACAUUUUUUUUAAAGCGGGCAAUUAAUAUAUGGAUCCUCUAAUCUUUAGUAAUUUUAUUGGUUUCUUUUCGAGAAUAAAAGAGAUUGGGCACACUCCAGGACUGAUUCACGCACAUACGGAUUUAUGUGGUUGUCUGUCCUCGUAAUGGUGGUGGAGAUUUUAUUUCCUUCAGGACAUAGAUGUUGCAAGCUAUUGCAAAAGCUUAUGCCUCUAAACAAUCAUAUUCUUGCAGAGUGGAAAUUUAAUCUGGGGUUUUAACAUAUUCGAUGGCGCUGAACGUAACAUCCCAAAUCAUGAAUUGCUGGUGGCCAGGUGAAGCCACCUAAUGGUUCUCAAAUCUUAGUUGUGAUGUGGCGGUGAUGAGCAAGCUUGGACAAGAGCCCAAAUAAGAUAUGACUUAAAGUGGUGCAAGUUAAUCAGGACAGCAAAGACGCUUAGUCUUAUGAAGAAAUGUCACAUAUACAGGAAAGGAUGAGAUUGGCCAAAAUGUUUUUUUAGUCUUCUGAUUUGCAGAUGCUUGAUUGGAGUUAUCCUGCUCCUGCCACAAACAGGAAAUGGAGUCUAACGAGUCUGACGGGCGACGGUCGACGGCCCAGCUCCGUUUCAUUCGGUGGAGUCUUCGCCGUUUGGCGAUAGACGGCUGGGCCCUCUCCGGCUCUCCGCCAACCUCGCUUCUCCCCGCGAUGCGACCCCGAAUCCCGCCGCCGGCCGGGGCUCUUGCUCCGCUCCCCCCUCGACCAGGGGCCUCCUCUUACCUUCCGAGGCCGUCUGCAUCCCAUCAGAUCCCGACCUCCCGUGCUCCGCCUGCCGACGCCGGCCAGAGUGCUCCAGGAGCAAACCAACCAGAGGCCAGAGCCACUGGCCUGCCAGGGAAUGGUAAUACGCCGGCUCCGGCCUGAGAAGCGCAUCCUGUUGAUGAAGAAGAAGAAGAAUAGGAAGAAUACAAGGCAGGCCUUCCAGGAAUUUGAAGAUGCAGAUAUAGUUGACCUUCACACGGACGACCUUGCAACCGCUUCUACCUACCUGAAAUAUGAUUGAUGAUAGUAGUUUCUUCCUCAGCUGCACUUCUUCCACCUCCUCCAAUCUGCACUUGUGCAGCCUGUGACGCCUGAGAAUACAUCAAGUGAGGCUCCAUUUCGUAACUGCUCGUCGCUCGUCCGUGCAGGAGCCUAUUAACCUACAGGCACAAUAUAACUAUAUCUUCUGUUCACUCUUAUGGGAGAUUGGUAUGAACAAUUUUCACAAUCUUUUAAGGAUGCUGCUAAGGAAAUGUUGGCAAAAACAGAUAUUGAUCCAAACGUUAAGUGCUUCACAAGAAAGCAGAUGAAGCGCAUUUCAAACAACUACAGAACUAUCCUUGGGAAAGGGGGCUUUUCUGUGGUGUACAAGGGUAGGCUCAAUGAUGGCCGUGCAGUGGCAGUCAAAAAAUAUAAUUGGAAAACACAGAAAAAGGAGUUCACAAAAGAGGUAAUCAUACAGUCUCAGUUUAGCCAUAAGAACAUUGUUAGGCUAUUGGGGUGUUGUGUUGAGGCAGAUGCUCCAAUGUUGGUCACUGAGUUUGUCCCCAAUGGUAACCUUUCCAACCUUCUGCACAGCAACAGUAGCCAGUUUCCUGUUUCAUUAGGGACACGCUUACAGAUUGCACUGGAUGUAGCAGAAGCACUUGUAUAUAUGCAUUCCUCCCAAAAUCAUCCAAUCCUUCAUGGAGAUGUCAAGCCUUCAAACAUUCUUCUGGGUGACAAGGAUGUGGCAAAACUCUGUGACUUUGGAAUAUCAAGGCUGUUAUGUAUGGAUAGUGACGAAUACACGGGAUUUGUUAUAGGAAGUAGAGGCUAUGUAGAUCCUGUGUUCUGCCAGACUGGGCGGUUAAGUCUAAAAAGCGAUGUCUACAGUUUUGGGGUUGUUCUUUUAGAACUCAUCACCAAAAAGAAAGGAAUUGAUGACAAGAAAGUGUGCCUUGCAGAAACUUUUGCUCGCAUCAGUAGAAAAGGUAAUGGACACGAACUAUUUGACAUGGACGUUGUAACAAAUGAGAAUAUGGAGUUUCUUCAAGGAAUUGGCAGGCUUGCACUUGAAUGUAUAAAGUUUGAAGUAGAGGAGCGGCCAGAAAUGAAAGAAGUUUUAGAGCGCCUUUGGAGUCUCAAAAGAUCCCGAGAUAGGAGAAUCCGUGAGAUGCAGGUUAUGGUACGGAGCGAGAUUGAAGUACUUUGGAGAAGAUGUGGCUUUGGUAGGUUUAUGAUCUCGAAAGAGAGAAUGGACGAUAUGACAUACUACUUCAAAACUGUUCUCAAGGAAUGUGCAUCAGGCAAGGCUUACAUAGGGAGAUUUUGCAACGCACAACUGCUGGUAAUAAAGAUGUCGAUUUCAGUUUUAGAUCAAUGGAAAAACAUAGUCUGGAACGAAUUGAAUGUCCAAUCUAGAAUUAAGCACUGGAAUGACGCCAAGCUUCUCGGUUACUGCUUAGAUCUUUGGGAAGGUCUAGUGCUUGUAUACGAGUAUGGUGCGAUGAGCUUGUAUGAUGUUCUUUUUCAUGAUGCAAGGAAGGUAUCUCCCUUCAUUUGUGGCCUGCGCCUGAAGAUUGCGGUUGGCGCUGCAGAGGGCCUUGCUCACUUGCACUCACUUGGCAUUGUGCAUGGCAAUGUCAGCACUGUCAAUAUAUUGCUGGAUGAUCUUUCGGUACUCAAAGUGAUUAGCCGCAAUUACCCAGUAAAGAUUGCAGGCUAUGGAACAUCAGGGCUCCCUGACAUUGACAAGGCACAGCACACAGGAUUCUUCAUGGAGGAUUCGCUUGUAACCAGUCAUGGGAAGGAGCAUGACGUAUACUGUUUCGGUCUUGUUCUCCUAACGCUCUUCACAUGGAAGAAGGUGUCACUGCAAGAGGCGGAUACCGUGUUUGAGCAGCUCUGGGACAUUGGACCGCCACAUGAUGUGAAUUCCGAGCCUGAGAAACCUGGGCAACAGCUCAAGGAAGCCAUCCUUAGAUGCCGUCAUCUUGAGGAGGUUAAGAGCCUGGUUUCACGGUGUCUGACGUCCGAGGUGACGAAGAGACCAUCCAUGGUGGAAGUAGCAAAACAUCUCAAGAACAUAAAUGAUUUACAUGAUAGCACAGCUUGCCAUGAGCUGGCGAUUUAUCAAUCUCGAAUGCUUUCGGGCUAGGCUAGGCUGCAAGUAGCAGUCGUACAUGGUUCUUCUUUGAGUAAAUUAAGGUGCCGUAGUAGAUGCUAUAAUGCAAGCGCCAAGCAACAUAUUACAUAUGUGUAUUUUAUAUCCCGACAAAGAAAAAAAGACAUGUGUAUUGCAUAUAUUUUGUAACAGCAACGGAUGUUUGUCAUGUUGAUUCUCGUGGCGCUGCUGCCAUAUAAUGUUGAUUGACAGAUCCUUGGGGAACCAACGGAUGAACUAAUGGACCUCUCGGCAUCCUUUGCCAA